AUGUCCAUUUCUGGGACGCUUAGCAGUUAUUAUGUUGACUCGAUCAUAAGUCACGAGAGUGAAGACGCGCCUCCAGCCAAGUUUCCUUCCGGCCAAUACACGAGUCCUCGCCAAGCCGGCCACGCGGAGCAUCUCGAAUUCCCCUCCUGUAGUUUCCAGCCCAAAGCUCCCGUCUUCAGCGCCUCGUGGACGCCUCUGAGCCCUCACUCGUCUGGGAGCCUCCCUUCUGUCUACCACCCGUACAUCCAACACCAGAGCGUCCCGCCUUCGGAGAGCAGGUAUCUCCGCACCUGGUUGGAGCCGGUGCCCAGGAGCGAGGGGGGGCCCGGACAGCCCCUGGUGAAAGCCGAGCCGCUGCUGGGGGGCUCAGGGGAGCUCCUUAAGCAGGGCACCCCGGAGUACAAUUUAGAAACUUCGUCCGGAAGGGAAGCUAUCCUAUCUAAUCAAAGACCCGGCUACGGAGACAAUAAACUUUGUGAAGGAAGCGAAGACAAAGAGAGGCCUGAUCAAACCAACCCCUCUGCCAACUGGUUGCAUGCCCGCUCCUCCAGGAAAAAGCGAUGCCCUUACACCAAAUACCAGACGCUGGAAUUAGAGAAGGAGUUUCUAUUCAAUAUGUACCUCACCAGGGACCGUAGACACGAGGUGGCCAGACUCCUCAACUUGAGUGAGAGACAAGUCAAAAUCUGGUUUCAGAACCGGCGGAUGAAAAUGAAGAAAAUGAAUAAGGAACAAGGCAAAGAAUAG